AUGUCAGACGCUAGCCUGGAUGACGUCUGCAAGGGACCCCACUCGGGUUGGUGGGGCAAACUCGGGGAAUGCAUUUCACAGUUCAUAACGCUGCUCAGGGAUGGCAGCAUAGAACAGCCGGGCUUGACCGAUGAGUUUCGUGCAAUCCGUCGAAGUACCUCUUCACGCAUUCGCCUGCUGCAUUUUAUCAUCGUGACUUUGGCAGUCACCGUGCUCGCAAUCUUUCUUCCCGCCUACAUCUUCAUGAAUGUGGAACCUGGCUGGUCAUACAUCGACGCGGUUUACUUUUGUUUUGUCUCCCUCACAACUAUCGGUCUGGGUGAUCUGGUGCCCAGUUCGCAGAGCUGGGACGGGUCCAUGGCGCCCACGGUGGUGCAAUCCAUCUACCAUUGCGUCGUCAUUGGUGAGUUGCCUGCUGGAGUGCCUUUUUGCGUGUACGGUAAAUAUUUUUGUAUUGCGUCCCCAGCAGGGGGAGGGGCGGGGAUUGUGCGUCCGACCCAAUAA